CGAACCAAAUGAUAUUAAUCAGUUUGGAUAUCAUCAAAAACCCAUUCAAUCCCAUUUAUUAAACCAGUUUUCAAGAAAAUAAUCAAAAACCCAUUCAAUCCCAUUCAUAAUACCAGCGUUCAAGAAAUCAUCAAAAACACAUUCAAUCCCAUCAAUUCUGUUCCUGGUUCUGUUUUGCUGUUAGUAAUGGCUUCUUCUUCUUCUUCUUCAAGUAGUACUUUUAAACAGAUUAUCAAGAGAGAUCCGACAGGGCAAUACGUAAUGUACAACGAGGUAAUAGGAAGAGGGCAAUAUAAGGAAGUUUACAAGGGAUUUGAUAGUGUUAAUGGUACUGAAAUCGCAUGGUGUGUGAUAUUUCUACAGAAUACUUUUGGAUUAUCUGGGAUUGAUCUUACAUAUGUGUGCACAGAAAACAUUCUGUUGAAAAGGAUGGAUCAUGAAAACAUAGUAAAAUGCCACACUUCUUGGAUUGAUUAUCGAGAGAGAAGCAUUUACAUAAUUACAGAGCUUUUUACUUCUCUAAGUUUGCGCCGAUACAUCAAGAAUCACACUCUUGUUGAUUUUAAAGUAGUAAAGAGUUGGUGUAUACAGAUUCUUAAAGGGUUAGAUUAUCUUCACUCUCGUGGUAUCGUUCACCGUGAUAUUAAGCUAGAUAACAUCUUUAUUAGUGGGAAUUCAGGAACUGUUAAAAUCGGAGAUUUUGGUGUGGCUGUGUAUUUGAAACCAGGUGAAUUUGCAGGUGGUAUUGUUGGUACACCACAGUACAUGGCACCAGAGCUUUAUCAUGGGUUGUAUAAUCAACUUGCUGAUAUUCAUUCUUUUGGGAUGUGUGUGUUACAGAUGAUUACUCGGGUAUUCAAUCUUUACUUAGACCAAUCCAUAUACAGACACUCAGUUUAUUAUUUGGUUAAGACUGGUGUAAAACCUACUGCACUAAACACUGUCACAGACCCACAGGCUAAGCAGUUCAUCGAGCGAUGUCUUCUUCCUGCAGCUAGUAGACCUUCAGCAAAGGAGCUAUUGAAUGAUCCGUUUCUUGCACCGAGUGUUUCUGCCACGUCAACAGUUCGGACUAAUUCGUGUCUGAUUCCUUGCAGUGUACGUGAUCGGGUGGAUGGAUUACUAGGGGUUGUAAAGGAGGUUGAGUUUGGGGACAAGAAGUUUAAGUUACUGGUGAAAAUGAAAGAUGCUGGUAUUGUACGAAUUGAAUUGAGUGUCAUCUAUAGUGUUGAAGGUAAAGAGGUUGAUGUGAAAACUGAGGUUGAUUUCUCACUGGAAACAGAUAAUAACAUUCAUCAGUUUGUCAUGAAGAAUAUUGCUACAAAAAUUAAGUUGUCAACUGAAGAUGUUGCAGUGGUUACUGAGUUUAUAGAUGAAGUAAUAAAAGAAGUUGUGUACAAUCAGGAUUUCAUCCCUAAUAAGGUUUUGAAUGCUCGGCAUUGGCAUGGGGAGAGGUCUCUUUCCGGUGAUGACAACAAGACAACUAAGAAUGAGAGAUCAUCGCCUAGGGUUUGGGGGAGGCUGAUGAUGCCGAACAGGCUGAGAACCUUUUCCUUUUAGUAGUUUUUUUUUAUGUCAGACUCGAUCCACUACAUUUUCUGAAUAUGCAUUCUUUGAAAUUACUUAGUGUGUUAGUUAGUUUUAACAUUUGCUGCAGCCUUUUUGUUGAGUUGUGUUGAAUAAAGAUUUCUAUUAGUUUUCUAAA